GAACCGAACUUCGGGUCUAAAGCCGCGACCAGAACCGACUCCUGUCUGCACCUUUCCUCUCUGCUAACAGAACCUUUAGAACCUGCUGAGAGCCGAACACCUGCCGCCACCAUGAGACCGGAACCAUCGGUUCUGUGAAGAGCUCAGAACCCCCGAACAGAACCGGAACCCACCAGAACCGAGCAGAACCRCAACGCCAUGAACGCGCAGGACUCCGUCAAGAAGUUCUGUCCCACCCAGUCUCCCUCUUCCCCCGUCCCCAUGUCCCUGCAGGAACCAGGACUGCAGGACAGUCUUCUGGACCUGCCUGCCUCAAAUGUCCAGAGUCUGGAGAAGGAACCGGGCUACAGGAAGAGGAUCUGUGUCGGACUCGGACUGCUGGUCUCAGCUGUUGUUGUGUCUCUGGUGACUGGACUCCUGGUCUGGCACUUCCACUUGCGCAACGAUGUCAGAGUGAAGAAAUUUUACAUUGGUUCCAUGGGAAUCAGUGACCAGACCUUCGUCCAAGAAUACGAAGAUCCCAGCAGCAAACAGUUCAGGAGUCUGGCUGAGCAGGUGGACCAGCAGCUGAAGCUGAUUUAUUCUAAAAACUCUGUGUUAGCAAAAUACUUCAAGACCUCCAGUGUCCAGGCCUUCAGUGAAGGAGACACCAGUGGUGGUGUCGUGGCGUACUACCAGUCAGAGUUUGAGCUUCCCGCCCCCCAGCAGAACUCUCUGGAGGAAGCCAUUCAUUCUCUGGAGGAACCAGCAGAAUCUCCGACGGGUCGGCAUGGGCGGCUGAUGCUGAAACCGGUCGACGCUCUGAAUGUUAAGGGUGUCACGUCUGGAGCUCUGGAUUCACGAUUGAGCAGAACUUCAGUAUCCGAGAGGGAGCCGAUCGACAUCCACGUCCAGGAGAAGGGAGAGAUCACUUCUCCAGGCUUUCCUAAUACUCCGUAUCCUCCCAACAUGUACCAGAAGUGGAGGCUCCGGGCCGACCCGGGACACCUGAUCCGGCUCGACUUCCACACGUUGGACCUGGAGGACGACUGUCAGCGAGACUUCAUCAAGAUCUACGACUCUCUGGCUCCCAUCGAACCUCGAGCUCUGACAGAACAGUGUGGUUACCCCCAGGACUCGCUGUCCUUCCUGUCCUCUGGGAACGUCAUGCUGCUGACGCUGGUGACCGACGAGGAGAAGAACUUCCCUGGGUUCAAGGCCAGCUACUCCCAGCUUCCUGUCAAAGAGCAAMCAGAAUGUGGAGGAAGACUCACAGCAGACCAAGGCUCCUUUUCUUCACCGUUCUACCCAUCCAACUAUCCUCCUCGGAGCCACUGUGAGUGGAACAUCCAGGUUUCAAAGGAAAAGUUUGUGAAGGUUCAGUUCAAGACGUUCUCCGUAGGAACCGACAGUAAGAACUGUGUGAAGGAUUACGUCGAGGUUGAUGGUGAAAGGUUGUGUGGCAAGAACUUGGAAAACACGGUGUUCACCAGCGAGAGCAGCUUGAUGACCAUCAGGUUUGUCUCCGACGCGUCUCUCGUCCAUCAGGGUUUCGUGGCCGUCUACGAAGGUUUCGUCCCGUCUAACCCUUGUCCCGGAAGGUUCCGCUGCAGCAACAACAUGUGCAUCAACAACACUCUGCGCUGCGAUGGCUGGAACGACUGUGAGGACGACAGUGACGAGGUCGACUGCAAGUGUGAGCAGUCCCAGAUGCAGUGCAGAAACGGUCAGUGUAAGUCCAGACUGUGGCAGUGUGACGGUGUGGACGACUGUGGAGACAACAGUGAUGAACAGAAGUGCAAAACAUGUCCAGUCGGACAGUUUUCCUGCAGAACCGGUCUCUGUGUCUCAGAGACGCUGAAGUGUGACGGACGGGACGACUGUGGAGACGGUUCUGAUGAGUCCAGAUGUGGAAAAUCUCUGCAGCUGAGCUGCUCGGACUUCACAUUCCGCUGCAGAGACGGACGCUGCAUCAGUAAACUGAACCCUGAGUGUGACGGUGAGCAGGACUGCCAGGACGGUUCUGAUGAGUCCAACUGUGGGUGUGGCACGCCACCGUUCCGCAGCUCCCGGAUCGUUGGCGGUCAGAUGGCGCGGGAGGGGGAGUGGCCUUGGCAGGUGAGCCUGCACAUCAGAGGAACGGGUCACGUCUGUGGAGCGUCGGUUCUGAACAACCGCUGGCUGCUGACCGCUGCCCACUGCGUCCAGGACGACGACACCGUCAGGUACUCUCAGGCCCAGCUGUGGGAGGCCUUCCUGGGUCUGCAUGUCCAGGGUCUGACCAAUGAGUGGACAGAGAAGAGGAACAUCGAGCGAAUCGUGGCCCACCCGGAAUACGACCCCCUGACCUUCGACAACGACCUGGCCCUGAUGCAGCUGGACUCCCUCGUGGUUCUGAACCAGUACAUCUGGCCCAUCUGCCUGCCCUCCCCCACCUACGACUUCCCUGUAGGCCAGGAGGCGUGGAUCACCGGCUGGGGCGCCACCAUAGAAGGAGGAGAUUUAGCCAAGAUCCUGCAGAAGGCUCAGGUCCGGGUCAUCAACAGCACCGUGUGUAAGGAUCUGAUGCAGGAGCAGGUCACUGACAACAUGCUGUGUGCCGGAGUCCUGAAGGGCGGCGUGGACGCCUGUCAGGGUGACUCCGGCGGACCCCUGGCCGUCAACAACCCCAGUGGGCGRGCCUUCCAGGCGGGCGUGGUGAGCUGGGGCGAAGGCUGCGCCUUUAGGAACAAACCGGGCAUCUACACCCGGGUCACCAAGUACCGGGCCUGGAUAAAGCAGCACACCGGGGUUUAGGAUUGUUUAUUGGUUGGAUUCUGGUCUUCAGAUCAAACUUUGGGUUUCCUGUUUUGAUUUAUCACAUUUGAGUUUUUUUCCUUUGUGGGAAUUAAAAUAUUGGAAGCUGGAGAUAAACCUGUGAAAUGUCCAGAUGUGAAGAUUUUUAAAGAAUAAAUCAGCUGAUUGAGGAGCUUCUGUUUGAAGAUACCAAAUAUUCUCAGGGUCAAACUUCAGUUUACAGAUGGUGGGAUGUGAUGGAACACCUGGUGAACAGGUGAAGUGUAAAUAAAAAUGGAAGCUCAUGUACGCCAAAAUAAAAAUGUAAUAGUUUUUUUAUAAAUACAGUAUGAGUUUCUAAGUCAUCAUUAUGUCAUAAAAACAAGAUACAAAGUUUGAACCAUGACACAAAGAAGUAUACACAAUAACUAAGGUUAAUCGAUGACUAAACAAAAACUGAUCCAUGUCAUCAUGAUGUGGGUUAUAUGUCCAUCUAACACAAAAUGUCCCAUUUUGUUAGUUUUUUUAUCCUCUUUAGUGGCAGAAAUGAUCUUCCAUAUUUUAUCUGUCAGCUGUUUUCUUCCCUUCUAGAUGUUUAACUUCUAAAGAAUCUUAAAUGAGCCUGGAAUAUUUUUUUAUUGUCAGUCCAACAGAACUCCUAAAACUUCAAGUAGAAAUUGUUUUCAACUAAUUGGAUCAGGUUUGAUUUAUAACUUAAACAAAAUCAUUUGGAUUUGAUCCUUUUUUAUCGCAGUACAAUAUUUUUUAAUUAUGUCGUGUGAAAGUUUAAAUUUGUCUAAAAAAGAUUGUGACCAAGAGGUCUUUUUAAACCAUGUUUUUAAAAAUAUGUUGAUAAAUAAAAAGGAGAAAUGUUUCUAAAACAAAAAAUAAAAAAGCCUCUUUGCUACUUCCAGACAAACAAGUGAUGUUUUACUGCGGUGUUCCUCAGGGAUGUGUGAUCGGUCCUUUAAAGCUUCAAGGGAUCAGAAAAUUAUUUGUUGUACUUUUAAUUCUUUAAUGAAAGCAGAUGUGAUGAAACCCUGAGAAGUUCCUGUUUCCAGGCCAAAACAGAACAAAUCUUGUAAGAACAUUUUUUAAUAAUUUACAUAAAUAUUGAAGUUUAGUAAUGGGUUAGUAGUAAAUAUUUAAUGUUAGUGGGUUACAACAGUUCUCUUUAAAUCUUUUUAAAUAAAUUAAUGUAUUUUUAUAUUUCACAUCUUGUUUAAACUUUAUCUGUGAUUUCUUGUUUACAGGAAUAAAUGGGUUUUUACCUCUUAUUUUUUKUGUUUUAUGUUUGUUGUAUUUUGAUGUACUUUAGUAAUGGCAGGACUGUGAAUAUUUUGACCACGGUGUGCCUUUUUAUAAAACAUUUAUUUCAAAUAAAACAUUUUCAUUAAAAAAUCUCCAUAGUGAAUGGAA